UGGUUGUUCUUAUCAACGCCAUCUUUUCGGGCUAGUGGAUUUAGGUUCAAUCAUCAGGUAUGGAAAGAGAAUCCUUGUUUUGCAGAAGAAUCUCUAAUUUAAUUGAAUUGGAUUGAAUCUAUACUUGUUUUAAGUUUGCUUUUCAGUGUUUUCGAUUCAAAAUUGAGAAAUUUUUAUCCCUCUCCUUGUGAUGAUCUUCUAUAAACGUAAACUUCUUUACACGAAUUACGAAUUUCAUUUUUUGAAAGCUUGGUUUGUUAGAGAGUUGUUGUUUGAUCGGCUUGUUGAUCCUGGUUGUUAAUGUAUUGCAGAGUAGAACAGGGGAGUUUUUGUGUAGUUCCAGUAAGUUAAAAAUCCAAUCUUGUCGAGGAAUUUUUGGUGGAUUUGCAGAGGAAUGGCAUUGGGGAAGUCUUAUAGUUCUAAAUUGAAGAGCAGAGGCUUGAAUGCUUCGAAUGUAGAAGCAACAGAUGAAGGAUUGGUGCUUGUUCACUGUACAAGAGCAAUGGGAAGGAAAAGGAUUAUUGUUUCAAACCGUACAGCAAUGGAGACGUUGCCUAUUAGUUCUAAUUUCAGGACUCCAUCAAAAAGGCGUCAGGGUAUGAGAACGAUCAGAGACGAUGAAAAGUCUCUUCUUGAAGCCUUACCAGAGGACAUUCUGGUUCGAAUACUGUGCUGCGUAUAUCAUGAUGAUCUGAAGCAGCUCAUCCAAGUAUCGAAAUUGGUCAGAGAUGCGACUCUGGUAGCAAAGCAAUCUCACUUUGCUUACAGUACUCCAAGAGCGAAGAUUUCUAGUUUAAGUAAUGAUCUUGAGCACUAUAGUCCCGAAGCACCAAAUGCUCCUAGACAGCAAAGGUGUCCCAGGUCCCGAAUCAGCAGGAAGAAGCUGUCAGAUAUCAGUGUCGCCUUGUUCCAUACGCCGGAGGAUGAACGGUGGUCGAGGGAUGGAUUGUUCGACCAAACAGGGGUUUUGAGUUAACUGGAAAUGCGAUUGUUGUGGAGUUAGCCACCGGUGACGGCUGAGUUAGAGAGGUUGGGAUUUGAUAGUGGUGAUCAGAACCCAUAGCCUUUGUAUGUAGAAAACACUUGGCGCAAGCUGCUGUUCUUCAAUUCCUUCAUUGAAGAUGAGAAGAGGAUGGAUGGUUCGUUUAUGUAUUAUAUUAUGUAUACGAGAACUGAAGUUCUUUUGGAAAGGGCAUUUCCUUUUUUCAUGUUUCUGCGAGGAUUCAGAAUGUGUUACAAUGUACAGAAUUUCGUUUUAACACUGAUAGACAAAUCAAAUAAACUGUUUUACCAUUUGCUUCUCAUUA